AAUAUCUUGUAGACAUAUAUACCAGAAAUCAGCUUAGUAUUUUUUAUCCUAUUUAUCCCAGCCAGGCCCUUUCAACAUAAAUUUUACGAAAAAUAGCUAUCCUUCGUAUGUAAACAACAUGGCUGCCCAGUGACAUUCCAUACUGAAUAGUUUAUAAUUAAAUUGCAUAUUUUAUACUUUGUGAGAUAAACGUUUUUAAAAGAUUGUCUCAAAGAAUAUUGUACAAUCAGAAGUAACCAUGGCAACAGGCACACCAUCUCCAACACCUUCAGAAGACAACAGGAAAAACAAUAGAGAUGAUACCAUGUACAGUGCCCUUGAUAAGGUCAUGGGAAAUUCUGUGCAAAGUUAUGAGGACUUUCUAAACAGCUUUACUUUCCUUAAAACAGGUAUGCAGGAGAAACAAGUUGUCAAGAAAGAGCAAGUUGAUAAAAGUUCAGAUAAAAGAAACAAAACUAGACUGUUGAAAAACAAUGAAAAUGCACCCGAUCUAGUGAGUGAAUCAAAGGCAAGAAUUAAAGACUCACCUGUCAAGGUACCAGAAUCACAAGAUAUCGAAGAAGAGAUUUUAUGUGAAGGGGACACAACUAGUAGAAUAAACAAGACAAAAGUCAUCAAAACAGGCUCAUUGGUCAAGUUUGACAAUUUUGUUGAUCCUGUUGCCGAUGGUGAUGAAGAUGAUAUUGAUGACAUUGAAGAUAUGUCUACACAAAGUUAUUCAGCCAGUUUCAGUUCAGGAAUCUCCACUAGAAACAGUGCUGCCAGAGAAAUGGUUAAUAUUGUUCCUGAAACAGUUCAAACAGUCCAAGCUAGUUCAAACAGUUUCAAUGAUGAUGGUGAUGUCACAGACAUGCUCAAUACACACUUGUCUUUAGAUGAAAAUUCAACUGAUAAAUUAUUAUUAAAUUUUCUUGCUGAUUUACAAAAUGAAAAAAAUGAGCAGACACCUGGCAAUACAUCACAAUUAGAAGCUGCAAGUUCUGAAAUGGACAUAGAAAACUUCUUACAUAAAAAUAAAGAACCUAAAAAACAGCAUACUCCAGAGGUGAAAGAAGCUAGUACAGAAUCUGAAGAUGUAAAUUUUAACAGUGAUGAUGAUGAUAAUGAUGCUAUUGAUUUAUUGUGUGAUGACUCAGAGACUAAUGAUGUUAAAGUGAAAAUAACUGAAGAGGAUUUUAAGACAAUGAAAGUACCAGAUCAAAAGGUGAAAGCAAGAUUAGAUGAUAUAUACAGGAGCAGUUUACGAGAUUCUGAAGGUAAUGUGCAGAUUGUGAAGGCAAAUGAAAACACAUGUAUAGAAGAACAUGGGGCAGUUGAUUUUGAUAAACUUGUGUUUCCUGGUCAAGUAGAAGAGAGAAAUGAUGAACCUGGUGUUGAGAAUGACAGAUUACUGGACUUUAAGGCAACUUUCAGAGAAUCAUCAGUGAACUCUGACAUACAGGUAAUACAGGUAGAGAGCACAGAUCUUGUCCAGCCAUUCAAACUAGAUGAAGAUUUUGACUAUGAUAAUGUAGUGCUUACUCCAAAAUUUAGUUCCGAGGAUCUUCGACAGAUAAAACUGACUGUAAAAUCUCAAACUGCAGUCAUGUGAUCAUUUUUGUAUGUUCAUGUUAAACAUAAGUGUACAUUCCAGUUUUGACUCAUUUUUGUUGCGUCAUUAUCUCCCUUUUUGACAUCUAGUUUAUUAAGUUUAUUUCUGUCAAAACAUGUGUUUUUAUUUAUUAAUUUAUUUAUAACUGUCAUAUUGUUAGAGUUUUCUUUCAGUUUCAUAUUAUCAUAAAUAUUUUCUAUUUUUGAAUUAAAUUUUAAGUAUGCAACUUUUCAUAGGAUAUUCAUGUGUUUUCUUCUUCCAAAGAAUUUGAUUUUAUGUAAACUAAGUGCUUGUUGGUACUGGAAUAGCCCUAAUAACUGUGAUUCAGGUACAUGGUAAAAAUAUGUUUGGAACAUUGUUUUCACAUUUACAUCUCUGUGAAACAUUUGCAGGAGCUAGUUAGGUUAAAGACAUUAUUGUUAUAAUGCAGUCAUUCUUAAAUUGACUAAAAUGACAUUUCAGAUGGCUUAAUCAAUACCAGAUGAUUUUUUGCAGCACGGGUAAAACUAACAGAAACACCAGUUACAAGAAAUCAAUAGAUAGUAGCAUGUUAGUCUAUUCAUCAUAUAACUCCUAUAAAUUAUACAAUUAAAAAUAUUACUUAAAAUGAAGGAAAAGAAA